AGCGUCGGUGGAACGCCGAGGCGCUGACAUUUUGUGAGCAAAUGUCGGCUUGUGUUUGGUGUCAACAUCAGUUGUGGUAGAAUUGCGAAGAAAACAUCCAUUUGUGAGGGCUACGUCCGAAUAUUUUAUUAGUGUACACAAAGAGGCAAGUAUUUGCGAGAUGUCUGCGGACACUACAAACGCCAAGGUGGAAAGUACCACCGAGAAAACUCAAGAUGUGAAACCGGCGUUGAUGAAUAAUCAGAACAACCAGAAGCCACAGGGCGGUUUUAGACGCGGAGGCGGCGGUGGCGGAGAUCGCGGAGGCGGCCCGAGCUUCAACCGCGGUGGAAUGCGUCGCCCCAACACGAAUCCCUAUCCAAAGGGCAACGAGGACAAGAAGAGAUUCCGUCCGAAUUUCCAGGGUGGCGGUGGUGGUCCUGGAGGAGGAGGCGGCGGCGGCGGUGGCCCCGAGAACAAUAUUGUUAAGAUGCAGGAGCGUAUGAUCAAGGAGAAACUGAGCGAAGUCUCCGGUCCUACCGUCGAUCUGCCGCAGCUCAACCAGACCGAGAAGAAAUUCUCGAGUAGAAGCCGGUUGUACAUUGGCAAUUUGUCGCCGGAGGUUACCGACGCCGAGCUCACAGACAUAUUCAAGAAGUAUGGUGAAGUGAACGAGAUUUUCAUCAACAAGGAGAAGCAUUUCGGCUUCAUCCGCUUCGAUUACCAUUUCAACGCUGAGAAGGCGAAGAAUGAAUUGAACGGAACUGCUUUGAACGGUAAGACUCUGAAGAUACGCUUCGCCCCCAACGGUUCGACGAUCAAAGUCAAGAAUCUCGACGAAUUCGUCACCAAUGAACUGCUGCACGCAGCCUUCUCCAUCUUCGGCGAAGUCGAGAGAUGCGUCGUCGUGGUCGACGAUCGUGGAAAACCGCUGGGCGAGGGAAUCGUUGAAUAUUCUCGCAAGAAUGGAGCCAUGUUGGCUAUCAGAAAAUGCACUGAAAAUUGCUUCUUCCUCACAUCGACGUUACGCCCCGUGCUUGUUGAGAUGUACGAAGCCAACGAUGAUAUCGAUGGACACUCUGAGAGGUUCAUCAACAAGAAACAUCAUGAUUUCUACAACAAGCGAUCGGUGGGGCCACGGUUCGCCAAGCACGACAGUUUUGAGCACGAGUACGGUCUGCGCUGGAAGAAUCUGUAUGAAAUGUACAAUCAAAAGGUGGAUAACCUUAAGAAGGAACUGCAGAUCGAUCAGGAAAAGCUCGUGGCUCAAAUGGAGCUGGCCAGGUACGAGCAUGAGACAGCUAUGCUGCGUGAUCAGUUGCGCGCCAGAGAAAUGGACAUGGACAGACAGAAGAAGGAAUGGGAAAUGAAGGAGCAGCAAGCUGACGAGGCUAGGAGAGUGGCUGAACAAGAGAUGCGCCAGCAGGAGCAAGAAAUGCAAGCCAGGAUGAUUCAGCAAGACGAAGACAUGCGUAGAAGACAAGAAGAGAACAAACUCUUCAUGCAAGCACAACAACUGGACAAUAUGUUGAACCAUCAAGAACAGGCUUAUGAACAAGAUGAUACUCGUUUCGAGAUGAACGAUCAGAACAGGUAUGAGCACGAUAUGCGCAGAGGUGGAGGAUACCAAAAUUAUCAAGGUGGAAGAGGAAACGGUCGUUGGAACGACAACCGCAAUGAUUACUACAAGAGGCGUCACUACUAAGAGAGGCAGACUAGUGAGAAAACUAUCUUGUGUGUCAUUAUCGUUCAGUGGCAAACAACA